AUGUCGAAUCAGACGGGAAUCGGAUACGAAUUCGUGCGCCAGCUUCGCGAACGGCCUGGGGCGAUCGUAUUCGCGACGUCGCGCGACCCUUCGCGGGCGACGAAGCUACAGGCCUUAACGGACAAAGGGAACGUACACAUCGUCAAAAUCACCAAGCAGCCCGAGUCGGUCGAGGAAGCUCUCGCGGCGGCCGAAACCGUGAAAAAGAUCACGGGUAAAGUGGACGUGGUGGUGGCCAACGCAGGCAUCAUCGGGCACGAGACCAGCAUAGCCGACGCGCCCAUGUCCCAAUACCAAGACUUUCUGGACGUCAACCUGCUCAACAACAUCGCCAUCUUCAAGGCCUUGCGGCCCCUGAUGCUGGAGUCGGUCAAGCAAGGCGGCACGCCAAAAUUUGUGGCCAUCAGCACGCAGUACGGCUCGUUGGCCAUGGUCGAGGAUUUGCCCGGCCAGUCGUCGGCGUACGCCAUCUCCAAGGCCGCGCUGAACAUGUUCAUCCGCCACGUCGCGUACGAGGAGAAGAAGAAUGGUAUUGUCGCUUUCCCCAUGCACCCGGGCGUCGUCGCCACCGAGACUGUCGCCCCGCUCGCCGCCCGGAUUGGACUGGGGACCAUCGAGCCCGCCGAGAGUAUUCAGGGUAUGAUGAAGAUCAUUGAUAGAGCUACGGUCAAUGAUGAGGUGCGCUUGUGGAGGUACGAUGACACGCAGCUUCCGUGGUGA